AUGUGCGGCAUCAGCCUGCCCUCCUUGCCACGGGGCGUCAGUUUUCGCAGAGUGGCCAGCAGUCAAGCUCUGCACGAGGCUGCAGACGGGGCCGAGACGGAGCUCCCCCUGAAGCCCUCGAAGUCGGCCACGUCGCUGUUGGCCGUGCUGGACAGCGCAGUGGUGGCGGAGCUGGCCUCUCUGCGCACAACCCUUGAUCCCCACAGGUUGUCGGCCUCUGCCUCGGCACAGAGCAGCAGCGGGGACGACACAGCCCGCGGCAGCCCCACCUCCAGCUACGAGCAGCUGCUGCGCUCGCGCUCGCCGUCGGCGGUGCUGUUUAGCGGCGAGGAGGCGGCGGCGGCGCGGGACGCGGCGCUCUGCGCCGCCGCCGCCAGCCGCGGCCUGCCGCAGCCGCAGGGCGAGCAGGCAGCAUUCGCUAGCCAGGCUGCCGCAGAAGCCUGGGACGCCGGCCUGCUGGCCGGCGACCAUCCCUUCCUAGAAUCAGCCGCCAGCUUCAGCGUAGUGGAGGUGGCGGCGGCGGGCGGCGGCCCAGCCAUGCCGCCUGCGGCGGCACCCCUCCGCGACCCCCUCCCCGGCAGCGCCAGCCCUCCCCCGGGCCUGGACGCCGCCGCCGCAGCAGCCGCGGCAGCCGCUGAGUCGAACGCCGCGGUGGCCGCCUCAGACGACCCCAUCUGUGCGGUGGCCGCCAAACAGUGCGCGGCGGCGGCGGCGGCGGCGGCCGAGGACGCAGCCGCCGCCUCGCCUCGCUCCGACGACUGCCCCGCCUACUCGGCGCCCUCCCUGUCUGUGGCGGCCGCCGCCGCCGCCUCGCCCUUUGCGGGCAUGGCGCAGCAGCAGCUGCCCAGCCUCAUCUCCCACUCGCCGCCACACCCGCACCAGGCGCUGCGGCGCGGCGACGGCGGCAGUGUGGCCGGCUCCGAGGGCAGCAGCAGCAGCCCCAGUGCGGGGUCGGGCCACCACUCCCGCAGCGGCAGCCUGGCGGCGGAGAUGCGGGAGCUGUCCCUGUCCCGCCGCGGCUCCAUCGACUGCACCGUGGGCCACUCCAGCCAUCUGUGCGAGGGGCACGCCGCCGAGGAGCUCUUCUACCGCCUCAACCAUGCCCGACAGACAGUCGACUUUGUCAAGCGACAG